CACCAUAUUUUGGUGAUUUUAUUGCACGAACAGAGAAAAGGAUCAACAUAGUAUUGAUGAGAUGGCUAUGGAUUUAAACCUGAAUUAGUAUUAGAUGAACAAUGCUUACAACAUGACACAUAAGACAUGGAUGGGAUGAAUAACUUUGGUGUUAAAGUCACUGACAUACACAAACAUUUAAACCUAUUUAUCUCAAAUGGUCAUUUGGGAAAAGACAGACAUAUUGGUAAAUAAAUUGAUACAUCAUUUCUUGAUUAUAUUAUUACAUCACCAUUGUCCAUGCAACUUUAUGAAUUUACUCUGAUGUUCACUGUCCAGUCGCUUCUCUGUCAUUAUACCCUACCAGAAACCAGAUUUACAAAAUCAGUCCUCUUAGUAAUCCAACCAUUGGUACUUUUGAGAGUAAGAAGCCCAAGUCGAAAAUGUAUCCACCAUGUUUUGUCAGAAUAUCAACAGGCAUCUUUAGCGUGAACUGACAGAGCGAGCACUUGAACCUGCGGAAAUGAUCAACGGCAUGGCCCACGAUAUAGGACACACGCUUGUUGAUGCUGCAUGCUGCACCCAAUCUGUACAACUGCCCACUGAGUGCAUUGAGCAGGCCGUUUGCCCAUUGCAUGUAUAUGGCAAUACAGCUUGCCCAGUGCAUGCAAUGUGCAAACAAUUAUCUGCUCAUUGCAUGCAAUGGGCAAUAGUUGUGAAUAAAAUAUUUCUCCAAAUAUUUCAAAAUAUGUGCAGGUAAUUGUUGUGCCCAAAGCACGCAUUUAAAAUUGGUAUUAUGUUACAUGUUUACUAAGUGAAUAAACUGUAAUAAAUAAUAACUUGGUCAUUUUGUUCAGACGUAUUAUUUUCGUGCCCUAUUUUAUUUGUGUUUUACAGUAGUUAAGAAACCAUAUAAAUAGGAAUUUAUGAUUUAAUGUUGAUGCAUCUGUGUGUGAAAACAAUCAGAUCUCUGUCAAAUAACUCGGUGAAUAUAUCCUUAUAAAAUGGCUUUGUCCCUUUGACUUCUGUGAAUAAGAAUUUAAAACUCAUACACGUAACUGUCCAUUGCAUGCAUUGGACAAGCUAUAUUGCCCAUUGCACGCAUUGGGCAAACACCCUGCCCAAUGCAGUCAGUGCGCAGUUGCGCAUAUUGGUUGUAACACAUCCACUGCAGUUGGUGUUAGGUAGAAUGUAAAACAUGUGCUUACCAUAAAAGGGACAAGCCGUGGUUUGACAAAGAAUGUCGAAUCCAGCGUAAAAAGUUUUAAAAAGCUAACAAUAAAAUGAGAAAAUAAAAUACGCCUUUAAAUGAAUCUUAUUACUACCAAAUGUCAAAGAACUGUAAAAAGUGUAUUGAUAAAUGGAUUAAAAGUUACUGAGAUAAUAAACAUUUCGCCUUACGAGACACAACUCCAAUCUUUAUGUUAAAUGGUGAAUUUGGCAGGGAAGUAUUACAGUUUUUAAACGUAUAAUUCCUUUUGGCUUAAGCUUACUUCUACAGAAGUGCAUGAUAAACCGUCCCAAACACUUUACAAAUACAUGUAUACUAUCCAUAAAGAAGUUGAAAAUAUCCCAUGUUUAGACUUUAUUAAGACUGUAUUAAAUAACUGCAGUCUUUGAUAUGUAUUUCAAAAACCCAUCGGUAUGUCCAACGCCAUGGCUUGCUUCAACGGUUGAAAAUAUUUAGAUCUCAAUUCCUUCAGAACUUGAAAUCCACUGUUCAAUCAAGCUCCAUAGGCCAGAACCAACCCUCAUUUGAGAAAUAUCUGUUACUCUCAAAAUCAAUAUUUCUCCCUGUGUUAAUAUUCAGAACUACUAACCAUGGGCUGCCCGUUGAAACUGGUCGAUGGCUGAUCAUGAACAUUCCAGCGGCCACUCUGUGAUUCAAUCGCUGUGGGAGAUGAGUUUUAGUAUUUACUUUAGAUGUGAGGCUUUUGUCCAACAGCGACAUGAACCAAUUUAAGAAACUUAUAACUACCAACAGUGUAAGAGACCUAAAAGGCGCCAGUAAGGAAUCUUAAUUCCUUGACAAUGCGUAUAAUACAAUUGGUAAAUUGUAUUAGCAUCAACGUAUCCUAUUUUCAUUAUUCUUAUUAAAUGCUGUCAUUUUGUACAUAUUACUUUUUUUAAUAUAUUGUCUCUCAUGUAACACUGUGGCUGUUUUUUCUGAGAAUAAAUGAGUUGAGUUGAGUACCUUACUACCGGUGGCUACGUGGCGAGGCGAGGCGAUAGUGCGUUAUGCCAGUGUUUACUGUAGGAGGGCGUCGAUGUACCCGUGAGUGAUAAGGCAGGAUAUUUUACACGUAAAGGUGUAACAGACAGCCAUGUUCAGCUUGUACUACGAAGAGGUUGGACGUGCCUCCCAGAACACCGAUGAUUUUAACAGAUGGCUACCGCCCGGCUGGGAAAGAAAGUAACGGAUAAUUUCCUGACGUGCUCCAUCUGCUUCGAGACCUACACAGACCCGUGUACACUGACCUGCCACCACACUUUCUGUCAAAGAUGUAUCACCAAGUACAUCCAAACCAGACCAGAUGCUGUACAUUCCAAGACAAUCCCCUGUCCCUGCUGUCGACAAGAUACCAAGGUCCCCAACCCCAGCAGGCCAGUGGAGGAGUGGGCGGGGCAGAUCAAACCCAGCAUCAUUAUACAGGGGCUGAUUGACACCCUCAGGACCGAGGAACAUGUGCCAGAGACGUCAAGCACCUGUUGUACGAUCUGUCAGCAAAUAGGGGAGACAACUCCAGGUGCUAUGUGGUGUCCUGAGUGUGAAGUGGCCCUCUGUGACAGAUGUGUGAAGACACACCGGGUGAGCCCUACGUCACAGGACCAUGAUCUGUGUGACCUGUCAUCUAGGUCAAAGGACAGACGGAGGGUCAAGUGUACAGAGCACAAGAGUAACAAUGUAGAGUUCCACUGUAAAGACUGUCAGAGUGAGUGA